AUGGCGACCACGCAAACUGUCGUCCUGGCCGAACGCCCGAAAGCCGACGUCCAACCUGGGAAGACAUUCCAAAUGCAACCCCAGAAGAAACUCAACAAAGACGACCUCAAGGAAGGUCAAGCCUUGGUCGAGAUCAUCUAUCUGUCUCUUGACCCUGCCAUGCGAGGCUGGCUCAACGAUACCCGCUCCUACGUGCCCCCCGUCCCCAUUGGCGGCGUCAUGCGCGGCGCGGUUAUUGCGAGAGUUGUUGCGUCCAAAUCCAGCAAAUAUGAAGUUGGAUGUCAUGUUUAUGCUGCCUGUGGGUGGAGAGAGCAGGCGGUGGUGGAGGACAAGGAUGGGGAUGUGCAGAGGUUGGAUGUGCCCAAGGGUGGGAGGUUGACUGAUGCUUUGGGUGUCCUAGGUAUGUUAUUCUAUGCUAUCAUCACAGCAUGUGAUAUUAUGUGA